UUCACACUGAGGAUGAGGAUGAUGCCACACAUGUAGAAGAUGAUGAUAGACCGCGCUCACGAAAGAGACCGUCCGUGGAUUCCAUGGUGCGAACAGUUGUGAAUGAAAGACGUGAAGACAACCACAGCAAGAGGAGCUCUGCAUUUUUUUUUCCCCCCAGCUUGAAAUUUCUCAAGGCGUGAAUUCGUUCCUCCAGUCCAUGAAUGUUGAGAUUUAACGAGAAUUUCUGUCCCGGCGAUAUAUAGACAUAAAGCUAUUCAUGUUGCAACCUCAAGCUUCAUGACAAUGGAUUAUUCGCUGUUAUUAUACAGCCUUUGGGUACCCGUUAUUCUCGCUGUUGAGGAGACUCUUAUGGACAGCAGGUGGGCUACUACAGAGCUGGCGUGGACCACCUAUCCAGAAAGCGGGUGGGAAGAAGUGAGUGGAUAUGACGACCACUUGAGCCCCAUCAGGACAUACCAGGUCUGUAACGUACUGGAGCCCAAUCAGAACAACUGGCUCCGGACAGACUUCAUCCCACGCCGGGGAGUUCUUCGAGUUUACGUGGAGCUCAAGUUCUCUGUGCGGGACUGUGGCAGUAUUCCCAAUAUUCCCGGGUCCUGUAAGGAGACCUUUAAUCUGUUCUACUAUGAAUCGGAUGGAGACGUGGCCACAGCAAGCAGCCCGCCAUGGAGGGAGAACCCCUACGUAAAGGUGGACACCAUAGCCCCCGACGAGAGCUUCUCAUUGCUGGAGUCAGGAAUCGUCAACACCAAAGUACGGAGCUUAGGUCCUCUUUCCAAAGCUGGUUUCUACCUGGCCUUCCAGGAUCUGGGCGCCUGCAUGUCCCUCAUCUCGGCCAGGGUCUUCUUUAAAAAGUGCUCCACCACCAUUGCUAACUUCGCUGUCUUCCCCGAGACGGCCACUGGUGCCGAGGCCACCUCUCUGGUCAUCGCUGCCGGAGCCUGUGUGCCAAAUGCCAUCGAGGAAUCUGUCCCUCUAAAGCUGUACUGUAACGGAGAUGGAGAAUGGAUGGUUCCUGUGGGAGCAUGCACCUGCAUGGCGGGCUUUGAGCCGGCCAAGAAAGAUACUCAGUGCCAGGCGUGCACCCCAGGGACCUUCAAAUCCAAACAGGGCGAGGGUUCUUGUAUGCCGUGCCCUUCCAACAGCCGGGCCAGCUCUAGGGCGUCUAGCAUUUGCCCUUGUCAAAGCGGCUACUACCGCGCUGACAGCGACCCCCCUGAUGCAGCCUGCACUACUGUUCCUUCGGCACCAUUAAACGUGAUCUCCAGUGUGAAUGAGACUUCAGUGUCACUGGAGUGGUCCGAGCCGCGGGAUUUGGGCGGGAGAGGUGACGUGGUGUAUAACGUGGUGUGUAAGAAGUGCCUGCACGAUGGCGGGUCCUGUGCGCGGUGUGACGAUAACGUGGAGGUGUCACCACGGCGACUGGGUCUGGCCGAGAGGCAGGCGGCGGUGAGGAAUCUACAGGCACACACCCAUUACAGCUUUGAGAUCCAGGCUGUCAACGGUGUGUCUCCCAAGAGCCCAUCCACCCCGCAAUAUGCCACUGUCAAUAUCACCACCAAUCAAGCAGCUCCAUCGGCAGUCCCCACCAUCCACUUAAUGCGGGCCACAGCUGGCACUCUCAGCCUCUCCUGGCUACCCCCAGAGCGGCCCAAUGGUGUGAUCCUGGAUUAUGAGAUCAAGUACCAGGAGAGGGGAGAGUCGUUCUCGCACACCGUCACUGCACAGCACACUUCUGCCAAAGUGGAGGGUUUAAAGGCUGGCACGGUGUACGGCGUGCAAGUACGUGCUCGUACUGUAGCCGGUUACGGACGCCAUAGCAGCCCGGUGGACUUCAGUACAAGUCUUUAUGAUGACCCAGAGCGGUCAGUACAGGACCUGUUGCCACUCAUUGUGGGCUCUGCCUCAGCAGGAUUUGUGGUCAUCCUUGCCAUGGUGGUCAUCGCUGUUGUCUGCCUUAGACGGCAGCGUACUGGCUCUGAGCUGGAAUAUACUGAAAAACUGCAGCAGUACGGUGAGUAUAACUGCACCAAAAACAUAUUUAUUACUCUGAACGAUGGCAGGUUUACUGUAACGCAGCUGGUUGGCAUGUUGAGGGGAAUCGCAGCUGGCAUGAAGUAUCUGUCCGACAUGAACUAUGUCCAUCGUGACCUGGCUGCCCGCAAUGUGCUCGUCAACAGCAACCUGGUGUGCAAAGUGUCCGAUUUUGGCCUCUCUCGCUUUCUGGAUGAUAACUCAUCGGACCCCACCUACACCAGCUCAUUGGGGGGAAAGAUCCCAAUCCGCUGGACCGCCCCCGAGGCCAUCGCCUUCAGAAAGUUCACCUCGGCGAGUGAUGUGUGGAGCUAUGGGAUCGUGAUGUGGGAGGUUAUGUCAUUUGGGGAGCGGCCAUACUGGGACAUGAGCAAUCAAGAUGUAAUGAACGCAGUGGAGCAGGACUACAGGCUGCCUCCUCCCAUGGACUGCCCCGCAGUGCUGCACCAGCUCAUGCUGGAGUGCUGGGUGAAGGAGCGGAAUAUGAGGCCACGCUUUGGACAGAUCGUCAGCACACUUGACAAGCUCCUCCGCAACGCCGCAAGCCUCAAAGUGCUUACCAGCACACACUCAGGUGAUCUCUGUCGAGUUGGCGGGACCCUGCCGGGGCAUCAAAGGAAGAAUAUAGGAGAUGCACAAGACAUGAAACAACAAAUGAGCCAAACUCUGCCCAUACGGGUUUGACUGAUUUAAAAAAAACACCUGCUGAGCCUCCAGGCUAGCAACAGAUUCCCAUUUGAAGAGUAAACCUGACUGGGACAAUCCAUACAAAGCCAAUGGAAAAUUACUGGAGCCGACUAUUGCUUGAAGAGCCAAUGGAAAACCUGUAUACAAUUUGGAACAGUGUUGCACCCCUCCCAAGGAGCCUGUGGAAAACUACGGCGUGUCCAAUGGAAAACUGCAUGGGCCUGACGGGUAGCCUGUGUAUGGGGCACCUGGGGAGUACUGGGAAAACACAGCACAUGUUAAUUGGAAUUCUGUAUGAUGGCGCCUCAGGCAAUCGUCUUUGUUCUUUCCCUCCCUUUUGUCAUGACUUUCUCAUGUUUACACUGAAUUUUCAUCACAUGGAUUAAAUUGACAACGUUUCUACUUCUCAGGUUCAGUUUGCAUGUGUGCAUGUGAUUCUCUAAUGGCAAAAAGCGAUCACUCUCUUCCGUAACUCCAAUCCCUUCCAUUCUUCCUCUCAUUUGCCGAGGCCACAAACGAUGAGACGGACUCAAGACUUAUAAGCUAACUGUAAUAAUGUUUAAAAAUGUAUUAAAUGUAAGCCCGGACUGUUUGAUGUUGGCUUGAGGAUAUUUUGCCGCUCUUCUUCCCUCAAAGACUUGUUUCUUCUGAUCUUUUCUUCAUAUUGAAGAAAGGAAGAGAGUGGGACACAUGAAAGUUUCAGACUAGCCAGGAUGGACUCAAACUGAAACUUUCAGAAAGAGAAGAGGAAAUUUUCAAAGAAUGGAAAGUCCUUUAAGGGCGAGUGGACUUUAAAAAAGCGGACUGUUACGAUUCAAGAAACGUGUUUUAUUUACCUCUGUUGUAUUUUGUCUUCCAUGAAAUGCUCUUGAGAGAUUUCUUUGGACUGUGAUUUAAGAACUCCCAUUUCCCCUGCCUGUGAGCAAGGGGGAAUUGUGUGUAUGUGUGUGUGUGUGUGUAUG